AUGGCGAUCGCAGCUCUCUCCUACCCCUCGAGGAGUCAACAGUGGCCGCCCUCGGCGGCCGGGAAAUUCCCGAAACCCCCCUCCCGCCGCAACACCCGUGACGUAACGGAACAGCAGCGCCUGGCCCAGCAGUUCCGCGACCUCACCACCCCGCGAAGCGACGUCGAGGCCAGGGACCGCACCGUCGACGACAACCUGCCCGCCACGAGCCUGGCCGCCGAGAUCGACUACUCGGAGCCCCGGCCCUCGUCCGCGGGCGUGGGCCACUUCAACACGCUGCCGCUCGAGAUCCUGCACGACAUCAUGCACGAGCUCGACCUGCGCUCCCUCGAGAGCCUGCGCUCCGUCAACCGCUCCGCCCGGCAGCUCGUCGACUCCUUCCCGCAGUACACGGCCGUCGCGAGCCACGCGCCCGACGUGCUGGCCGCGCUGCUGGCCACGGGCGCCGCGGCGGGGACGACCUGCCGCGGCCUCUUCGCCAAGCUGCGCUCGCCGGCCUGCGAGGACUGCGGCGACGGCUUCGCGGGCCACAUCUACCUGCCCACCUGCCGCCGCGUGUGCUUCCCCUGCCUCACGCAGCAGGAGGGGGACAAGUACCUGCCGCUGCCGCGGGAGCUCGCGGCGCGGCACUACGGCCUGAAGCCGCACGCGCUGGCCCGCCUGCCGGGCGUGCGGUGCGUGCCGGGGAGCUACGCGCCGCAGGCCAAGCCGCUGGGGCGGGAGGUCGCGCUCGUGGACCGCGAGGCGGCGCGCGCGGCGGGCGUGGCGCUGCAC